UGACAAGUGAGGUUAGAAACCAAAUGUUUACGUUUACAUUUUUAUCAUUUAAUCUUUCCUACUAAUAUGCGUCUAAAGUGUGUCUAGUCUCGAUUCCGCCAAAUUAGCCUAAAUGGCGACCAAUGUCCCAUUCAAAAUAACGUCUUCUUUCAUCAAACAAGUCCCAGAAGAGUACAGUUGGCUUGUCCAUGGCUUAAUGAACAUUCUCGGCUACGCCACUUUAUUCAUCCCUGGCUACUUAACCUUCAAAUACGUCCGAAAAAUCAACUAUAUUAGCUAUGGGGGCGACGGUUGGUGUUUCCGUAGCAUUCAGAUGUGUUACGGGGAGGAAGAAUCGGGAGGGGCGAGUGGUAAUCCACCCUCUGUCAUUCAAAGAUCAACAAGUCAGGAGAUAAUAUCGAUUUUGUUUCAUUUUUUUGGCUUGCAAGUGUCGUAUUUAACAUGGGGUGUUUUACAGGAGAAAGUGAUGACACAGAAAUACCAAAGCGGGAUGGAGACUGAACAUUUUAAGGAUUCACAGUUUUUGGUGUUUGUUAAUAGAGUGUUGGCGUUUUGUAUGUCGGGGAUUUAUAUUUUUUGUACAAAACAGACUAGACAUAGGUGUCCUUUAUACAAGUACGCUUUUUGUUCGUUUUCGAAUAUUAUGAGCUCUUGGUGUCAAUAUGAAGCAUUGAAAUAUGUGUCAUUUCCGCAUCAAGUUUUGGCCAAAGCUGCAAAAACAAUUCCAGUCAUGUUAAUGGGGAGGAUUAUCACAAAAACCAAAUAUGAGUAUUAUGAAUACGUAACUUCUGUUAUUUUAUCAAUAGGAAUGUUAAUUUUUAUGCUUGAUGUGGGUAAUGAUCGGACUGAUUCAGCAAUUACGACUUUUUCAGGCGCUAUUUUACUCAUUUUGUACAUCAUUUUUGAUAGUUUUACUUCAAACUGGCAACAAGCUUUAUUUAAAACGUAUAAAAUUAAACCGGUACAAAUGAUGUGUUGUGUUAACUUAUUUUCAUGUAUUUUUACAGCCGUUUCAUUGUUACAACAAAACGUGUUUUUUAAAUCGUUUCAUUUCAUGUUAAAGUAUCCACAAUUCAUCGUUGAUUGUCUUCUAUUAUCUGUGUGUUCAGCUGCUGGACAGUUAUUUAUUUUUAGUACGAUUGCGAAAUUCGGACCUUUAAUUUUUGCCAUAAUUACAACAAUACGUCAAGGCUUGAGUGUCCUCUUGAGUUGUAUCAUCUACAACCAUCAUGUGACUAUAGCGGGAACAUUCGGUAUCACUCUCGUAUUCACAAGUGUUUUACUAAGGAUUUAUUGCGGACAAAGAUUGAAAAAUCUGAGGAAAAAUCUAAACACACCACAAAAAAUUGCAGUGUAAAAAAAUAUAUUAUGUUAAACAAAAAUAAAGUAUGCAAAAAUAACAAGUCUUAUCUCUUAUUAGGAGCCACUCUUCGGGAUUUCACUGAAGUGCUACUCGGCUCAAAUCUGCGUCGUUUCAGUCCAGGC